AUGAUUGGCAAAGGUCAUGCUGGUGCAUCAAAGGUUUGCUCUGUCAUGAACAUGCCACCACCACCUAGACCAAAGUCUUUCGGGAAGUCAUCUUGUGUCAUUACUAAGCAUGCAAACACAGUUGCUAAGAAGAGCAUGAGAGCAGCUACAAAAGAAGUGUGUGUUUUGCAACAAAGUGAAGAUGUUGAUGGAACAAAUCCUGUAAACUGUGGUAUUUGAUGUGACGGUACCUGGCAACGAAGGGGACAUUCAUCAUGUAACGGGCGUGUUACGAUUAUGUCGAUGGAUAGCGGGAAAGUUCUUGAUGUUGAGACACUGAGUCACUAACUGCAUUUUGCAAAAGAGGCAAUCAUUGAACUUUUAAAUCUACUGGAUAUUACUCCUGGCAAGUAUACAUAAGUGGCUUGUCAACUUGAAGACAAGUUGAGAGUUUUGCAUGCAGAACACAAAUCCACGCCCGAAGUUAAGAAGAGGCGUAAAGUGAUGAGAGGACUGAAAAAGCAAAAGUAUGACAAAAACAAACAGGGGGAGGGAGUAAAGUAUGGUGCUGGAGAGUUCUAUUGACUUUUAGGGACAUGAAGUGUUUUUGGUAACCAAUUACAUAGUAUGAAAAGUUUAAACUGUAUUUUCUCCAAUAAACGACUUUUGCAAGGUUUGUAAUCUGCCAACAGUGAUAUCUCAAAAACAAUUUAACAGAUUUGGCUAAAAUUUUCAGAGGAUGUUUACUUCAUCAAAAGCUAUGCAAUGAACUAGAAUGAAGUCAUUAGGUCAAAUAUUUUUUGUGCUAUAAGCAAAAAUUCAUGCUGAUCAUGACUAAAUUUCAGGCACAUAUAUUGUUUCAUUCAGAACUUAGAAACUAUUCACCUGAUUUAAAAUCUUUUAGUUCAUUGCAUUGGUCUGGUAGUGCUUAUUAUUUUCCCAAAGUUUCAUAGACAAAUCUUAAUUUGCUUUCAAGUUAUCAUCGUUGGCGCAAUGGUCCGCUGCAAGGCGUUUCGACCUGUUAUCUUGGUAACCAUGGCAACAGUAUAUGUCGGACUCACAUAAAUGUAAAUACUUUUCAAUGGGCUUUUAUAAUAUACCAUUUAAACUUUAUUUCUAGUUUUAAAUAUAAAAAAAAUAUUUUGAGGGUCAUUCCACUUAAUUAAUUAAUAUACAAUAUUUAUAUCUCAUUUGACGGAAUGUUUUACAUAUUUGUAUACGACGGAUUACAAAAAAACGUUUGGUUGAAGUCGGCUUACAAAAUGGCCGCCAGUCUACAGACCUGCCAAGUCUCACGAUUUUUGAUGCUUUCCCACGUUUAAGUCCUCAAAUCUCUCGAUUUUCGGCAAAAUCUCUGCUAAAACCAUAAGUGAUUCCAAACACCCGUGGAAAAAUGAAAUAUGCUAUUAUUUCGUGAGACUUGGCACUGGAAGCUACUGAAGCCAUAAGAAAAAAACAGUCUAUUUUUAAUAUAAGCCUUGCAUUACAGUUAUAUUAACAAAAUAUAAAUGCAUACUAUCCCCAAGAUUGAUUAUCUAUUGAUUAUUUUCUAGUGUUGUUAAAGUUAACCCUGUCCCUGGUCAUAUUAUUAAUGAGCAAACCUUUCCUGGCACAGAAAGCAAGCCUUUCCUGGCACAGAAGUUAAGCGAAAAGGAUCCUAUGAUAACAGAUUGUUAAUAUAUCAAGGUAUUGGCCACAAGUCUUAUUUACAUCCAGGGUCAGUAUCAACACAUGGUGACUUCGAUGAAUGUCCAGAGAUAGAUAAUAUCAGGAAACUUAUUAGCGCAACUCGAACAGAGGUAACUUCCAUUAAUGCCAAAAUCGAUGAACAUCUGUCAUGUGAAGAUAUAAAAAGGGAUAUUGUAAAAACGCUUAUGUGUAAACAAGUGAGUUUGCAAAAUAGAGUCGAGGAAUUGUAUAAUAUUCUUACAGGGCUUUUCCAGAAGGAAGCUACACGGCUGUCAGCACAGCAGUCACAUUGUGUCUCGCUCCACAGUGAAGAAGCAAGGAAGCUAAAUGAAGAAUUGGAUAAAUUUAUUCAAAUCUUGAAUUUUAAUAUUGAGUCAAGAAGUGACUUUACUGGCAUGAUUGCUGGACUAACCGAUAAUGUCAAAGAGAGUUGUCCUCCUUUAUUUGACAUUUUAGAAGCAAUUUCGCUGCACAAGGAUGGCAGACCUGUGUCAAACAUGCGUGUUAAGAGUGCUGUUCAUGCGAUUGCAAUUUUGGUAAGCUUGAAAAAUCAAAAAAUCAAGAACGACUUUAAUUAA